AUGAGUGCGCAGAAGACCUCGGCCAUCGCUGACCAGGAGCCCGUUGACGUUCUCUUCGCCAUUCACGAAAAGUUCGAUCUCCUGGACUUUGCCGGCGCGCUCGAGGUCUUUACUACUGCUUCACACGAUUUCAAGGAUCCUGACAACAACAAGGCCUUCGAGGUCACCAUCGUCGGUCCUGAGCCCAAGGUCAUCUCCGACCAGGGCGUCGUCGUUGGCUCCCAGAUUUCCUACAAGGAGGCUCACGAGCGUCUUGAAGACUUUGACAUCCUCGUCGUCGUUGGCGGUAAUUCCAAGGAGGUUGUCACCAAAGAGCUCCAGCCCCUCUCUCUCAUCACCGACUUCUCAGAGCUUCAGAAGCGUGACCCCGCCCGCGAGCGUACCAUCCUCUCUAUCUGCACAGGUGCCCUCUUCCUUGGUAAGCAGGGUAUCCUCUCUGGCCUCUCUGCCACUACCCACCCCGACUAUCUCACUACCUUUGAGAACAUCUGCAGCGAUGCUGCUACUGUGAACCUUCAAGAACGUACCGAUGUGGUCGAGGACGCUCGCUAUGUCGUCAACAACCUUCGAUUCGACCUCGGCGAAGACGAGAGCCCAUACAUCCGCCGCAAGUCCGAUGCUGGUCAGGGACGUCGCCCUUCGGCAGCCCGAAAGGGAAGCAUGUCGUUCAAGGAUUCCAACACCCGCCGUGAAUCCAUUGUGCGCCGCGCAGCUAUGCGACUUGGUGGUCUCCGGGUGGUCACAUCCGGAGGUGUCAGCUCUGGCAUUGAUGCAGCACUGUAUCUUGUCAGCGCUAUGAUUGAUGACUUUACUGCGUUGGAGGUGGCUAGGAGACUUCAGUGGACCUGGAACAAGGGCGUUGUCGUCGACGGUCUCGACGUCUAA